UCUUUUAAAAUUACGAACGAAAUCACACAUAUACACAGUACGUAUGUAGUUACUAGUUAAUUGCGUUUGAAAUAUUUUUCUAAAACUACUAUAAACCAAUAAUCUUUAAGCCGUUCUUAUCUUAAAGCAUUGAACGACCUUUGUAAUUAAUUGUAAAAGUGUAUAACCUCAAACAGUAUGUGAGAUUAUUUAUUGGAGAAAAACAAUUCAAGUUACACAUUUGUUGUAUUUAUCAUCAACCUAUACCCGUGUUGUGGUCUUACAAGGUUGUUUAAAAAAUAAACAUGGGUAAUAAGUCUUCUUUGUUGCUAAGAGAAGAGGAAAUCGCGCAAAUCCAAGAAGAAACGGGAUUUACACCAAACCAAAUUGAGCGUUUAUACUCACGGUUCACAUCUCUAGACAAAAAUGAUUGUGGAACCCUCUCACGGGAUGACUUCUUAAGGAUUCCAGAACUUGCCAUAAACCCGCUGAGUGAAAGGAUUGUCCACUCAUUCUUUGCUGAUAGUCAUGAUGAUAGGGUGAACUUCUUGCAGUUCAUGAGAGUAUUGUCACACUUUAGGCCAAUCAGGAAAAAUAGGGAGAAUAAGUUGAACAGCCGAGAAGAAAAACUGAGGUUUGCAUUCUCAAUGUACGACUUGGACAACGAUGGGAAAAUAUCAAGGGAUGAACUGUUGGCAAUUCUCCACAUGAUGGUGGGUGCAAACAUAAGCGAAGAACAACUUACAAGCAUCGCCGAGCGCACCAUUUUAGAAGCCGACACCAAUAACGAUCAAAUGAUAUGUUUCGAAGAGUUUUGUCAUGCUCUUGAGAGGACGGAUGUAGAACAGAAGAUGUCCAUUCGCUUCCUCAAUUGACCUCCAAACUCAUGAACCAUAUACAUCAAGUAUAUUCUGACCAUAAUACUGGCGGUCAUUAUUUAUGGGCUUCUAACAAAAAAAUGAAUUCGUGCUCUAUGCUCUAUGACAUUACACAUUGUGUCCAGUGUAAAUUUAAUUCUUUGUUAAUUAUAUCAUAGUACCUUAGUUGGUAAAAAACAGGGAUGUUUAAUUUUUAAUAUUACGCCUAAUGUAUUUUGGCUGAUGUAAGUUUAAUAAUAAUUAAAUUAUUUUUUUUAAAUUAAAAAUGUAUACCUAUUACAACAUUGAUGUAUUCUAAGUGGGUAGCGAGUUUUGUUUAAUUUUGUUAUUAUUUACCUUUCAUUCCAAUAAUAUUUACUCAAUUAACAGCAUUUAUAUUGCUAUACUUAUAUUGUUUUUUUUUUAAUACUCGUUUUGAAUUUAAAAAAAAAAUUGUCAGCCUUAACUGUUAAAAAAAUUGCAAGUGCCCGUUUUUUGCAGAGUAAAGAAAACUAUUUAAAAAGUCACUUGGUUUAAACUGCAUUUCGUUUCGUAAAUAAUUGAGUAUGACAAGUAUCUACAGGACAUGCAACCACAGAAAAUGUGGCGGGCGCUCAAUGUUACAUGACUAAAAUAUAUAGUGUACUUAGUACCUAUAUUAGCUUAGAAUGUUACUGUUUAGAUUAGACAAUAGAAAAAAAACGCGUGCCCACCAAAAAAAAGUUUAAAUGUUAUAUUUAUUGCUGUGUAAUUAAAUCAAUAUAAUAUUUUUAUAAAAAAAAAAGAA